AUGUCAAACCGCCCAAUCUGCGACGUCGACACACCCGACCCCUGGGUCGUGGCAGCCAACGGCCGAUUCUACCUGACCUUCACGCUGGACGACCGCAUCGAGAUAUGGUCGUCCCCCACGCUCGAGGACUUUCACAACUGCGCCAAGUCGACCAUCUGGCAACCGACUCCGGGCUCGCCGUGGUCGGCCAACAUCUGGGCGCCCGAGCUGCACUACCUCGCGGGCCGGUGGUACGUGUACACGUGCGGCGCGCCGCCCGGGGUCGGCAACGCGGGCCACCGGACGACGGUGCUGCGGUGCGCGGCGGGGCAGAACGACCCCAUGGUGGCGGGGGACUGGGAGUUCCUGGGUCCGCUGCGCGGCAUGCCGGACCAGUGGGCCAUCGACGCGACCGUCUUCAGCCCGGACCGAGUACUCCAGACCCUGUACUGCUGCUGGUCGGGCUGGCCGCCGGGCGACGGCUCCGACACGCAGCAGGACCUGUUUCUGAUCCGGAUGAAGAGCCCCGAGGAGGCCGUGCCCGAGACCUUGGUUUGCAUCUCGCGCGCCACGCUGCCCUGGGAGAGGCCCGACGGGGGCCGGCGCGGGGUGAACGAGGGCCCGACCUGGGUCGACGUCGCCGGCGUGUUUCGCGGCAUUGUUUACUCUGCCCACGGCAGCUGGACGAGCGAGUACCGCCUGGCCCUCCUGGCUUUUGUCGGGCCGAAUCCGCUGGAUCCCGCGGCUUGGGUCAAGAGGCAGACGCCUCUGCUCAGUAUGGUCAAGGAUGGGCGAAUCGAAAGGCGAGGGUUUUGGAACUCGGGGCACCUUGUUUUGGCCCACAUGCGAGAGAGAUAUGUUGCUCUGGUCGAGGCCAUCGUGGCGAGCAUCCCAGUGUCGUGGGAGGCCGCCGUAAUAGAGACUCUUGCAUAG